AUGGCUGCUAUUCAACUCGAUGAUCGUGAUCGGACUAUCGUCAUGGGACGAGGUCUAUAUAGAUCUUCAUCUCCUGGAACAAUAAGACUAGAGACAAGAGUGAAAGAUCUUGAAGAUCAAUUGGAUGAAGAACGUUCUCUACGAAUAAAGACAGAAAGGGAGCUUGCUGAAAUUAAUGCUGAAUUCGAUAUUUUAAAUGCAGAUUUUCAAAAUGCUAGAGAACAAAUAAGUCAACAAGAGGAAACUAUCAAAAGACGAGAGCAAGAGUUUGCUCGUGUUCAUAGAGAGCUGGGUACAAUUCGUGACGCAAAUGAAGAAAGUUUGGAAAAUUUAAGACGUCGUCAUCAAACCACAGUCAAUGAUCUUAAUCUUGAAAUAAAUGUUCUUCAAAAGGCCAAAUCCAAAGCUGAAAAAGAAAGAUCUGAAAUGGCUAGACAACUGGAAAAUGCUUUUGCUGAAGUUGAGGAUGCUAAUAAGGCGAAAACUGUUGCUCAAUCAAAACAAGAAACACUUGAAUCUCAAACUAUAAGACUGCGAGCAAACUAUGAAGAGAGUCAGAAACGUAUUACAGAACUUAAUUCACAAAAUGCUCAACUCAUUGCUGAAGCAACUGAACAGGCUAGAACUAUAGAAAAGUUAAAUACAUCAUUGGCAAGUUGUCAGAGAGCGCAAUCUAUUGCUGAAUCAGUAGCAGAAGACCAUAAGAGAGCUUUAGAAGAAGAAAUAAAGACUAGAACUUUAGUACAAAGUAAAUUAAAUACAGUGCAACAAGAAUUGGAUACAUUAAUUCAUAGAGCAGAUGAUGAAGCUGAAAGUGUAGUAAAACUUCAAACUCAAGUUACUAGACUUACAAGUGAAUUAACACAAACUAAAUCAAAAUAUGAAAAAGAAUUUAAUGAAAAAACUGAAGAAUUUGAUGAACUCAAACGUCGUUUGAACAAUCGUAUCAAUGAAUUAACAGAAUCCUAUGAACUUGAACGUGGUCGAGUUAUUAGUCUUGAACGUACCAAGAAUCAAUUAGCUAAUCAAUGUCAAGAAAUACAAUCUCAAUUAGAUAAUUUGUUUGCUGAAUGUACUGAACAAACUCAAACUAUCAAAAGUUUGGAAAGUCAAAAGACAGAACUAGAAGCGGUUUUAGAGGAAACGCAAACUGAAGAAAGCAAUUUACGAACAAAAUGCGGUUUGUUACAAAGGGAUCUUAUUCAAAUUAGAGCCGUUAAAUCUGAACUGGAAGAACGUUUGUCAGUGCUGGAGAAAGAGAACAAACAAAAUGCUGAAAAAUUAAAAGAAACUAAAGAACGUUUAUCAGUUGUCAAUCGACAAGUUACCGAUUUGGAGAGCUCUCGAGCAAGAUUAGAAGCUGAAAGAGAUAAUCUAGACUCUACACUAAAGGAUACAGAAGAUGCCCUACAUGAAUGUGAAACUCGUUAUCAAACAACAUAUUCAGCUCUAAGUACUUUAAGAAAUGAAUUUGAACGUCAGUCAAGAGAUAAAGAGGAAGAAAUGGAAAGUUUAAGACGUUCAAGUCAACGUAAUGUGGAAAAUCUUAAAGCAACUGUAGCAGAUAUGGAAAUGAAAAACCAAAAUGAAUUAGAUCGACUUAAAAAGAAAUUAGAAGGAAAUAUAAAUAAUUUACAAGUUCAAUUGGAAGAGGAAAAAACUGCUCAUUCAGAAACUAUUAAAUUACAUCAAGAAGCAGAAGCACAUAUUUGUCAAUUAGAAAUAGAUAUAACAGAACUAAAUAAUUUGGUAUCUGAAACUGCAACUACUUUACAGAUAUGCGAAAGUCGUCGAUCUGCUUUAUCAAACGAAGUAGAAAGCUUAAGAAGUCAAUUGGAAAUCACAGAAAGAUUAAAACGAAAGUUGGAAGAAGAAUCAUCGGAGAAUAUGACAAAAUUUGGUGGUUUGACAAUACAAGUGAAUAAUUUGACAGCAGAAAAGCGAAAACUUGAAGGUCAGAUAGCUGUGCUUGAAGGUGAUUUGGACGAUGCGACAGGUGCAAAAGAUGUUGCUACAGAGCGAGCAGACAGACUUCAAAACGAAGUUAACCGUCUAGCUCAAGAACUUCAAACUGAACAGGAGUCGUCACGUCGAUCAGAUACUGCAAGAAGGCAAUUGGAGGCUGAACUAAAAGACUGUAAUGCUAAGAUUUUGGAAAGCCGAAGAGCAGCUGAUGCAGCAGAACGUGAAGCUGAUGAUGCCAAAAGUCAAGCCGAGACUAAAAUACGAGAAUUGCAGCUAGCUUUGGAAGAGGAAUCUAAAAAGUCAAGAGAGGCCCAAACUCAACUAAGAAAAUGUGAGAGAGCACUCAAAGAAUCAGUACAAGGUGAACAAGAUGCUGGACAUAUGAUAAACGAACUACGUGAAAUGGUUGAACGAGCUCAAACAAAACUGAAACAAACCAGGAAACAGUUAGAAGAAGCAGAAAAUGCUGCUCAAACUGCUUCAAUGAAAUAUCGUAAAGCUCAACAACAAGUGGAUGAUGCAGAUUUACGUGCUCAAAUGGCUGAAAGACGUAUCGGUUUAACUGCUCAAGAAGAUAAUGUUACAACUUAUGGAAAUUACAAUAGACAACGAUCUGGUAGUCUUUAUCCAACUAGAUCAAGAAAUUAUUCAGUAACACGUGAAGGAUCCGUAUUUAGUGUUAUGAGUGAAUUACCAGCUUCUUCACAUAAAACUCGUUUUCAACCAGGUAUUCCAAAAUGGAGUAAUCGACAUGAAUUAGGAAAUUAUCAAAAAGAAAAUGGUAGUUCUUUAAGUCUUCUUGAUCUACCACCAGCUGAUACAAGUUGUUGUUGA